GUGAUGACACGAGCAACUCUGAAGAGCUGACGUCACGCGCACACGGUUGUUUUCUUGCGAGCCUGUGUACUUCAGACAACAGCUUAAUCUCUCAUAGUGUUACUAAAACUCCACACAUAUUUUUUGGCAGACAUUUAAGCGUUUCAUUUAGGUUUAUUGUUCAUUAAUUUAAACGGCUGUUAGGUCGCUACUACACUAAAUAGUGUCGUAGCUAAUGCUAAUGGUGGCGUUGGGUAUUUCUCGGAUUUCUGUUUCAUUUCGUCAGGCCUCUUCAAACUGACACCGCCGAGAGAUUCCAGCGUUAGUUGUCGUUUUGGCAGUCGAGGAUGAACUGGAUUUUCCCCCUGUCCAAGGGCUCUGGAUCGAUCCCUCCUCUUAACAGCUUACAGAAACAAAGACAGAGACAGAUCGAGUCUCUCAAAGCCGCUCACUCCAAUCUUGCAGAAAUUCAGAAGGAUGUAGAGUACAGACUUCCUUUUACUGUCAACAAUUCGACUAUUACUGUCAAUAUCUUGCUUCCACCACAGUUCCCCCAGGAGAAACCAGUGGUCAGCGUGUUUCCACCAGUAGGUCAUCAUUUAGUAGACAGUAACAAUGGAACAAUGGUUACCAGCCCACUCAUAACUAAUUUCGGAAUGCAUUCAGAUUUAGGAAAAGUAAUUCAGAGUCUGCUAGAUGAGUUUUGGCAAAGUCCUCCUGCCUUGAUGUCAGGUUCCACCUUUCCUUAUAUGUACAAACCAUCGGGGAUGCCUCCUUACCCAACUCAGAGCUUCCAUUUUGGUCCUGCCUUCCCACCACAGGAUGGUCAGCGGCCUGUCGGCCCUGUCCCUGUGCCACAUGGAGGGGUGGAGCCUCAACAAGCCCCUCCACGACCAGCAGCACCAGCGUAUGGACUCAUCACAGACCUUCCUCUUCCUGUACCGACUGCUGACUCACAGUCAGGUCUGAAUGGACACAUAUACAGGAUGCCUGAAAUCCCAGAUACAUUUCCAGAACUGUCUGAGAUGAGUAAUUCUCAGCUGAAGGACAUGAGUGAUCAAGAUGACAUGCUGUUGGAGUUCUUCAUGUGUCUGCCUCAGCUCAAACAAGUAACCUCUGACAAAGAGGAACUGGUCAACAACAUUGUGGAGAUGGCCAAAAAGAACCUACAACUCGAGCCUCAACUGGAGAACAAGAGACAAGAGAUGUUGUGUAAAUAUGAACAGUUAACCCAGAUGAAGUCUGCAUUUGAAACCAAAAUGCAAAGGCAACAUGAGCUGAGUGAGAGCUGCAGUCUGAGUGCAAUUCAGGCCAGAUUAAAGGUAGCAGCCCAUCAGGCCGAAGAGGAGUCGGAGGAGACCGCAGAGAACUUCCUGGAAGGAAAGACAGAGAUUGACGACUUCUUAGCCAGCUUCAUGGAAAAGAGAACGCUUUGCCAUUGCAGAAGAGCCAAAGAGGAAAAGCUCCAGCAAUCCGUGAACACACAUGGACAGUUUCCUACCACACAUUAGAUUGAAUGUCCCAGAAAGGUUUGGGAUCAAUCUACCAGCAGAAGAGUGGGCUUGAGACGAGCAGCACAUCUUGUGGCCUACAGCCUUGAUUGGGCAAAGCUAGAUAUAUAUGAAAAAGUGAUUUUGGCAUCAUUAUCUACUGAAAUCAAAGUGAUUUUUGCACAGAAUUUCCAAAAGUAUUGCGCGAUCCCUGGUUGAGUAGACCAGAUGUGAGUACGUCUGGCUGUGACCAGUCUGGCUGUGACCCAAAGGCUGUAAUCAGAGGAAAACAAUCUGUUCUUAAUAGUGUUCAGAAACAGGCCGAGUUCUAAGCUUAUUAGUUCAGUUUUGAGUUGUGACAAAUGGGCUUGAGCCUUGUAUGCACUUGAAAAUGAAUUUUGAAAAAUGAAAAAUGUUAAUGCUGCCGUCAAAAACAAACUGUAUUUAAUAAUGUUGAUAAAAGUCUUUAUCAUAAUUAGACACUGUAUUAUAUGUUUAUUUAAUUUGAUAGGUUAAUAAAACGUUUAGAAUAA